AUGGAUUUGGCUCAUUGCACUCAAGAUCGCGAAGAUGAACUUCAGCUAUCAUCUUCGCAAUUAGAAUUCGUAACAAACCAAGCUCGAAAUUACUGGUAUUCGCUCGCCGAUGAUGCCAGGGCACGUCUACAAAACUUCAACCUUAUUGACACGGUCUCGCCACAAGAUAUACUUUACAAGGUUCCUGCCUUUCCCGCCAGCCAACUCGCACUCCAGGAGGUGCUUCUCUCAGAUUCCGGCUCUAAGGCGAUUAUGACUCUGGCGUCAUCCACCCUACGCCCUACUGAGACAGAGAACUGCAAUACCCAGGGCACAACAAAAGAAGUCCAAUCAGCAUUGUUAAUUGGCAUACAAUCUCCCAUUUCUUGCCAUUUCACCGGCACCUGCUUUCAAAAAUUUGGGGUUCAGGGAGGUGAUGACCGCAAGCUUCCAAAUUUCACUGGUAUCAUCUCGCUUGCUUGGGCUUAUAUCCUCUCAAGCCGCCUAGCUGAACUUCAACAGCAACAAGGCGCAGGUGUCUCUUAUACCUCUUCGACCGCGAUUUGGCAGCACUGUGAUAUGGAAGAUAUGACUGCCAUUGAAAUUGAGAUUGGUGAGGUCGAUGAGAGUACUGCUCGGUGGUGGGCGGCUAUUCUGGCGCCUAGACAAGGAUGGAAAACUCUUCUUUUAAAGAAGGAAGAUAAGGCUUACUAUCCACCCUGGUCACUUUCUCUAGAUAAAGGUCCAAAGUUCAAAGUUGUUUGGCACGAAAAUAGAACCUAUACCCCCAUUUCUACUAUCUCACCACUAUCAUCGGAAGCUGCUAUGAGAAUUCUUGCUCAAUUUUGCUCUUUGCAUGGUCUGUACAAACAACUUUUUGCCGCAUUAUUUACGGCCUUGACAUUUCCUACGCAUAAACAACUCGAAAUAACUGUUGAACUGCCAUUGCCUGAAGUGACUCUCACUCAGACUCACUUGGAUCAAGCUCUAGACACGUCCCAAGUCAAUGAAUUACUCUCUUUGAGCAAAGAUAUUCCUUCUUUCAUGGCCCUCAGUUGCAACGACAGUGUUGUGAUGUCUAGUCUAUGUGGUUCAUUUUGGGAGCCUAAUAUCCCAUGCAGUCUUGUCAGUCCAUGGUUACAUCCGAUUUUGGAGGAAAUUCCCAAGGCCCCUUGGAUAUGUGAGGAACCAGGGCGAUAUUAUGAAAUGAUUGCUCUUAUGUGUGGGCAGCGCCGUCCACGCCUCCGAGCCCUUUGGAUCGGAGCUGCCCUCAGCGGGCUUGUGCCAAAGGUCCUUAGGUAUGUUCGAAGUGGGACACCACCCCUUGAUCCUCAUGGCUUCGCUUGGACUAGUUCUCCUCAGUCUUUUAUGGAUCUUCCAGGGUCAGGACCAUAUUUCUACAAAGAUGCCUUGGAAAAUAAUGCUAUAAGACGUGCCGAUGCCUGGAGGCUCUUGUACCUCCCGACCCCAGAAGACGACGGACUUUACUAUAGAAGUCUCCCUUUCUCACCAUGGCCACCUGUUGGCCAAACAGUUGACAAAAAUUGUGCACUACGAAUUCGCGUACACGAAUCAUGUCCAAGGCAUCGUCUGGAAUACACUCAUUGGACUUGGAAAUUGCUGGACGGGUCUUCCUUGAAUGACCAGGGAUUCUUGCCGGGCGAACCCAGUUAUCCCGAAGAAGGUUCCUUCGUGCAAUUACAGCGAAAGGAAAACUCCCAAUAUCCAAAUAUUCCAAUCUCUUCAUCUCAGGAUGCGUCGCGUGAGGCAUCGUUUGAAAUCUUCCGAUGGGUUCUAGCCAAUCACGAAGGAAAGCCCCCUGAGCCAGUAUAUGAACACGAAUGGAUUGCGGGUUGUGAGUCUGACACUGGUGAUGAAUGCUGUUCAGAAACAAGAGAUGAGGCCAGCAGUGAAGACAAUUAUCUGAAUAAAAAGGAAAGUUGUCGACAAGGACGGAACAUAGAUGGCAGUUUGAUUCCCGCCUUGCAGGGAACCAAGGUAAUGGAGUGGAUGGAGAAUACUUUAUAA